CUAUUGCUAAGUGGUGGUUAGGAAACACUGUGUACGCUUCGCUCCGACCAAAUUUCGACAAAUUUCUGGAAUUUUUCCAUUUUUAUACGCCAAACUUCCGAUUUAGUGAUAGUAGAUUUUUUUCUACCGUUUUGUGAUUUUCUCCUGACUGGUGGUGCGGUUUUAGCCAGAAAAACGCUAAUUUUCAGAUUGAAAAAUUUCUGACGUUUGCUGUCAUCAUGAUGUGCGCAAAUUAUUUGUAACAUUAAAAGUGGAUUUGGGGUAACUGGAGGCGCCUUUCGGGUUUAAACACCCUUUGCAACCAACCAUUGGGAUGAUGAACUACUGGAAGGCGGAAUCUAUCAGAAGAACACUGUUUUCCUACAUUCUGGACCUUAGCCUGGACCUGCUGGAGAUGUGCGUCCAAUCGAAAGCAAUGACCGAGGGUUGAAAGAUUCUGCCGCCCCCGAGUGCGAUGUUGUCGGCUGGCAUGGGUUACGGUGCCGCCCCCGGCUCGGUGUCGGGCACCACGCCCUCUUUUUCUCCGCCGCCAACGCGCCACAGCCCCCUACCGAGUUUUGGCUUUACGCAGGAGCAAGUGGCUUGCGUGUGUGAGGUUCUACAGCAGGCAGGCAACGUAGAACGACUGGGUAGAUUCCUAUGGUCAUUACCUGCAUGUGAUAAACUACACAAUAACGAAUCCGUACUGAAGGCCAAAGCCAUUGUAGCGUUCCAUAGAGGAAACUUCAAAGAACUGUACAAAAUACUAGAAGGACAUCAGUUUAGUCCACACAAUCAUGCCAAACUCCAAGCCUUAUGGCUCAAAGCGCAUUACAUUGAAGCUGAAAGGCUUAGAGGGAGGCCGUUAGGUGCGGUAGGAAAAUACAGAGUGCGACGAAAAUUCCCCUUGCCACGGACAAUUUGGGACGGCGAAGAGACUAGUUAUUGUUUUAAGGAAAAAUCCAGAAGCGUAUUGCGAGACUGGUACUCACACAAUCCAUAUCCCAGCCCUAGGGAGAAACGGGAACUAGCAGAAGCUACCGGACUGACUACCACACAAGUAUCCAAUUGGUUCAAGAAUCGAAGACAACGAGAUCGGGCUGCUGAACAUAAAGACAGUAACCAACCGAUGUCGGACAAACCUCACAUGGACACAAGUGGCUCAGAAAGCGAAUCAGAAGGACACAAAAUGACGCCCUACAAUCCUUCCUUGAUGGUUCCUCCGCAACAGAACUCCUACUCAACACUCAGUGCGAGCGGAAUGGGACAAUCUCUUUACCAAACUCCAAGUGGAAUUCUACAUGACUAUCAAACAUUGUGACAGUGGCUAACAGUUCCUACAGACACCAUUCACAACAGUAAUAGUUGUAACAUUUAGAUUCUGGUCCAGAGUGGAGUGGCGGAAGCUCAAAUAGACAUUCACAUGUGCAAAUAAAAUACCACCCGAAGAAGAAUUAAUCAAUUUUACGAGUGGACAACAGAGCAAAUAAUUUUUUUAAUUAAUCGAAUUGGGAAUGAACAUUAUUUGAAGUUCUGCUAUUCCUGAUGUGAUCAUCGUUAUUAACUCUUGUAGGUACUUAAAUACAAUCCGCAGAACCAAGUAAACUGAUCACUGAUUCUUUGCACCCACCACUCUCAGUAGUUAGCUGUUAGAAUCAUCUAGCUUUCCUUAUUGUUACAAUACGAACAACCACGGUUCUUUUUUCAUUAUACUUAAUUUGAAACUCCCCAAACUUGUUCGAUCGGUUACAAAAUCUGCAUUACUUUCUAAGUUGUUAUAUUAGAAAUUACAAAAUUCUGAAAGAUAUUCCCUCAUCAUUUUUAGCCGUUAUAUUUAAAAUAUACUUCGGCACCAUUAUUAUUUUUACCUGUUGAUUGAAUUUUUGUUAUUGAAAAAAAAUGUUUUAUAUAAUUAUAUGCUGUAAAUAAAAUGUGAUUUUUAAGUAA